AGUUGCUCCAAAACACUUGACGUUAUGACGUAGAUACGUUCCGCGCGUGGAGAAAGUUCAGUCAGUUUUGCUGCGACGGAAGAUAGCUCACCUCAAGUUUCAUUCAUUUUGAUACUGUAAUAUUUUUCAAACUGGUGUCAACAGAUCUUAAGAUGUAUCGCCCUAAGCUCACGUUGAAAGACCGACAGCAUCUUUACAGGCUAAUCAUCAGCCAGUUGUUAUAUGAUGGUUACACCAAUAUAGCCAACAACCUCAUCAACGAAGUCAAGCCCACCACUGUGGUCACCCCCUCUGAACAGCUCAUGCAGCUCGCUAAAAUAGGAAUGGAAAAUGAUGACAGUGCAGUGCAGUACGCCAUUGGCCGCUCGGACACCGUGGCUCCUGGAGUGGGCAUCGACCUGGAGUUUGACGCCGAUGUACAAACCAUGUCCCCCGAAGCGUCCGAGUACGAGACCUGCUACGUGACCUCGCACAAGGGCCCUUGCCGAGUGGCUACGUACAGCCGUGACGGGCAGCUGAUCGCCACCGGGUCUGCCGACGCUUCUAUUAAGAUCCUGGAUACAGAGCGGAUGCUGGCCAAGAGCGCCAUGCCAAUUGAAGUAAUGAUGAACGAGACGGCGCAGCAGAACAUGGAGAACCACCCGGUCAUCCGGACUCUCUACGACCACGUGGACGAGGUCACAUGCCUGGCCUUCCACCCUACCGAACAGAUCCUGGCGUCAGGCUCGCGAGACUACACACUCAAGCUGUUUGACUACUCCAAGCCUUCAGCCAAAAGAGCCUUCAAACACAUACAGGAAGCGGAGAUGCUGCGCUCGAUCGCCUUCCACCCCUCGGGUGACUUCCUGUUGGUGGGCACGCAGCACCCCACGUUGCGCCUCUACGACGUCAACACCUUCCAGUGCUUCGUCUCGUGCAACCCGCUGGACCAGCACACGGACACCAUCUGCAGUGUGGCCUACAACCCGAGCGCCAACAGCUACGUCACCUCCAGCAAGGACGGCAGCAUCAAGAUAUGGGACGGCGUGUCCAACCGCUGCGUCACCACUUUCGACAAGGCCCACGACGGCGCCGAGGUCUGCUCGGCCAUCUUCUCCAAGAACUCCAAGUACGUCCUGUCCAGCGGGAAGGACUCGGUGGCCAAGCUGUGGGAGAUCUCCACCGGGCGCACGCUUGUCAAGUACACGGGCGCGGGUCUGAGCGGCCGUCAGAUGCACCGCACGCAGGGCGUGUUCAACCACACGGAGGACUACGUGCUGCUGCCGGACGAGCGCACCAUCAGCCUGUGCUGCUGGGACUCGCGCACGGCCGAGAGGAAGAACCUGCUCUCGCUCGGACACAACAACAUCGUGCGCUGCAUCGUCCACUCGCCCACCAACCCCGGCUUCAUGACCUGCAGCGAUGACUUCCGGGCGCGCUUCUGGUACCGUCGCACCACCACUGACUGAGGAGGAGGAGGAGGAGGAGGAGGAGGAAGAGGAAGGGAACAAGAGGAGAAGAAGCAAGGAGAUGGAUACGGGGAAAGAACAAGGGCUUUGCAUCAACAACACAAAUUCAACCCGUGGCCCAUACAGGUCUUAUCCAGUCACAUUGCUGAAGAGUUACGCCACACCCCCCCUCCCUCUCUCGCUCUCUCUCUCACACACUCCUCUCUCUUUCUUUUCCUCUGGCUGUGCUCUACUUCUCUCUGUCGUGUGCUGAUAGCUGUAGCUAGCCUGAGGCUAUGUUUGGGGUUGAGCGUUCUACAUGCAAAAACCACGGCACAAAAGCCUGCUUGCAUUGUGGUUACGGGGAAAGCCAGUAAGCCUUCCAUUUCAUUUGAAUUGUAAACAUGGUGGAUGCGGUUCUUCGCAGUAAAUGUCCAAAAUACUCCUUCAAAGGCCACAGUGGAGAUGAGGAGAUUAAACCAGUCCUGUAAUUGCCUGCAGUACCUUGUUUAAAGGGAAGAGGGAGCCACCUCACAAGAGUGUUUGGUUAGUAGUCUUUAUGUUGUUUAGAAUUCUUCCUCUGAUUUGGCUACAUCGGGUUAACUAGGGAUACAUACAAGAGGAAAAGCAGGUUCCCCAUUUUUUUUUUUGUGUAUUUGAGAAUCUGCUCGAACAUGGGUGCAUUUCAUAUGGAAGUAUUUCCAUGUAAUUUCUUUUUUUCUAUUUUUGUUUUGUACAUGUUUGUUACUUUUAGUUAACGUAUAAUGGCAAUGUUUGUUUUUAUUGAAAAAAAGAACCUUAAAGAGAUUCUACAAUGCAAAUAAACCUUUUUAACAAAUAAA